ACGGAUCCAUUCAAAUGUUGAAGCUUAGUGAGCUCAGAACAUACGAUACCUAGAGAAAUAUUCAAGGAUCGAACACCUUCGUAUGAAAUUCAUGAGAAGAGAAUAAGGGCAGUAUUAUAAGAGAUUCUAGGAACUGUGAGGUCAGGGGUUUCAAAGCCAAAAUGAAAACCCUCACCCCUCGUCUAAGCUCUAUAUCGAGCAAAUGUAGCCUCAUCCAACGGACCCAUCACGUGCAGCAAAUACCCCUGGCAGCAGCAACACUCUCACCACACAUCACCGCGGGCACCAGUAGUAGCAAUGGAACCAACAGACCCUUCUCAGUCCUCAACCGCCCGCCGCCAAACUACCCAGGCCACGUACCCCUCACACGGCUCGAGCGCGCCGCCCUCGCCGUCGGGUCCGGCAUCGUAUCCUUCUUCGACCCAUACCGGCACGACAUGAUCGCCGCGCUCGGCGAAGCCACCGCCUCGCCAUACUUCAUCCAGCGCCUGCACCGGGCCAUGCUGUCCUCCGCAACCGGGCGCCGGAUCCUGCGGGACCGGCCGCGCAUAACCUCUUCGUCGCUCAACCUGCCCCGCCUGCGCGCGUUGGCGCCGAACACGGUGGGCGGCACGUACGUGGCGUGGCUGGACCGCGAGGGCGUGUCGCCGGACACGCGGGACGCGGUGCGGUACGUCGACGACGCGGAGUGCGCGUACGUGAUGCAGCGGUACCGCGAGUCGCACGACUUCUACCACGCGCUGACGGGGCUGCCCAUCGUGCGCGAAGGCGAGGUCGCGCUCAAGGCCUUCGAGUUCGCGAACACGGUCUUGCCGAUGACAGGGCUGUCUUUGCUCGCUAUCGCGACCUUGAAGCCGGCUGAGCGCGCGCGCUUCUGGAGCAUCUACGGGCCCUGGGCGGUGAGGAAUGGGUUGAGGUGCGAUGAGGUGAUUAAUGUGUACUGGGAGGAGGAGAUGGAGACGGAUGUGGAUGAGCUGAGGACCAGGUUGGGCAUUGAGAGACCGCCGGACCUGAGGGAUAUUAGGAAGAGGGAGAGGGCGGAGAAGAAGAGGUUGAAGGAGGCGGCGUAGGCGCAGGCUGUUGCUAGUUAGGGGGUUUUUGACUAUGGAACCUCAGAUGAAAUAUGGAUAUGACGGAUGAAGCAAAAAU